UAGAGGAACACUGUACCUUCAUGGUAGAUGGACACACGUUGAGCUGAUGGGCCAUUUUUUCCCCGUUAGUCACAUCAAACCCAUUUCUGUGUGACAGUGCCUAGCACACAGCACUCCAGACCGCAGGCCAACUGUGCCUGGCAAGGGGAGUCUCUUAUCAUCCGGGCCCACCCGGGUGACUUCAGUUCCAUCGCAGCUGGCGGGUGAGAUAGAGGAACACGUUCUGCAUGACCGAAGUGGUUCCCCUUCACUUCCUGUACAUCAUGCAAGACUGAAAGAGCAACUUCUGACGGACGGACUGACUGAGAAAGUACCGGGCCCACCGUUCAUAAGACGUGGUAGACAAUGUUAUUGUUUUACAGCACUUUAAACAACAUUGGUGAUUGAGGAGGGCAGAGGUCAGGUCCACGCUGUCAUUGCAAAAACCCAGUGACCACAGUUACCAUGGAGACGCUGGAUGUCAUUCAGACCCAGUGGACCCAGGCGAGAGAAUACGACCAGAAGAUUGAGCAGCGGGCAGAGAAACACAAGGGUCUCAGAGGUCGUAACAACGGCACUUCCUGUAGAAGCCCCACCAGAGAACUGGACACAAGGUGGAUCAAGACAGAGCUGAAGCGUAAGAGACAGCAGGAAUUUCACAAGAGGCGUUCCAUGAGCCCAGAGAGGGCCAAAGACCAUGUGAGGGACAAGACUUGUGUCAUCUGUAACACAGCCAAGUCAGAGACACCGUGGGCCAAGGUCACAACGACAUCCAAGACAGGAAGGGCCGGAAACACAGCAAAGAUCAAGGACGACAGUUGUGUGAUGUGCGAUGAUGCCAUGACAGAGUCAUUGCGAGGUAGCGUCAGUUGGACUUUGACCCCUAGGUCAACAGCUAAUGGACAUUCAUUGAUAAUGUCUCGAAGAACGAGGGUAACCAAAGAUGACCUGGCUGAACUGGAGAACAGUGAAUGGGCCUCAAUAUGGACUGACCAAACACCAAUACGAAAAAACACGAAGAUCUCCGCAAGAAAACUAGAGUCAGUUUUCUCCACUUUGACCACCUCCAACUUGGCCAAAUCGUCAACCUCCACGCUGAACAGUGAACCACACACAUCCACAACUACAACCUCUAUCCUCAACCCACUCACCAGUGCCUCCACCCCAAACAGAGGACCACGUACCUCUGGCCCCUCCCCCAACAGGAUUGCCACUCCUACCUCCACCUCAAUCAAAGAGGUCCAGCCGAGGUUAAAAACCUCCACAAACACAGAAAUGGGCAUCCUGAAGGGAGCGGGUCGAUCCAAUAGAUGUAAAAACCCCCUGACUGAGGCCAGUGCCCAGGCAGAGCCUGGCUUUAUUACCGUCAAGGAAUCGGAAGUUCUUCUAUUGGCUGAUUACUUGCAGGAGGCUCUGUGGAGAGAGGAGGGCCUGAAGAGGAAGCUGGCUGUCAUCCAGAAGAGUAGCUCCACCCUGCUUCUCCAUACUGAUCAACUAUGGACUACCCGCUGCAAUGAAGACCUGCUGAAGACCAAGAUCAAGGCCUUGGAGUCUCAGCUGCAAGUCUGUCUGAAGAAGCAGAAGCUUCCUCAGGAUGGAGUGAAGAAGCUGACGCUACAGAUGGAGCAGCAGAAGGGGGCAUACGAGGGGAAAGCCUUGGAAGCCAUUCAAAGAGCUACGGAGGAGAAGAACAAAGCUCUCACCCAGGCUGAGACAGUUGAGAUGCUGCUGCAGGCAGCCAGGGAGGAGGCAGCUCGGUGGCAGAGUAAGUAUGAGCAGAUGAAGGAGCACUCGGAACAGCUGGAGAACAUCAGGAGGGCCAGCGCUGACCAGUUGCUUCAGCUGCACAACCAACUGGAGCUGGUCUGGGGUCAGGAGGCGGGGCUGAGGGAGGAGCUACAGGCGAUGCGGCGUGUGGAGGAGGAGCUGCGCUACAGCGUGGCCAUGUUGGAGGAACAGAACCAGAGCCUGGCCCAAGAGGUCCAGAAGACAAAAGAUGUCAGCACUGUGGUCCAGGACUUCUGGGGAGAGCCUUCAGCCCACUCAGCCAUGUUGCCCGAGAACUCAGAGUUGGAGCAGAACCUGGCCCAGUUCGACUUUAUGUUGGGGGAGCAGAAAGAGGAGCCAGAGGUGGAUGAAGUAGAGGAGAAAGAGGAGAAGAUGGAGGAGGUGGCGGACAACGAGGAAGAAGAGACGGAUGAGGAAGAAGAGACGGAUGAGGAAGAAGAGCGCCAGGGGCAGUCAGGAGACGGAGAUCAGGUUGUGGAGCAGCUGCGUCACACUCAGGAGAGACUACGGCAGAAGGAGAGAGAGUGUGAGGAGCUGCAGGGUGAGCUAGAGGUCAUGGAGGCUGAGUGUCAGUCUUGCCAGGUCCGGCUGACGCAGUGCAGGGAGGAACUCCGACUGCUCAACCAGCGACACGGCAGUAAGAAGCCUGGUGUCUCGUGGCUAUGGCCCUGUGUUUUCCUCCUGCUGCUCCUGUCUGUGGUGACGGCGGCCAUCUUGUGGGCGUGGCAACCCUCCUUCGGUGACCAAGUCCAGUACCUGUACUCCGCUGCAGUGGAACUCAUAGAGGACUAUCUACGACAGGCCACCUCAGUGCAACACUCUGCCUGCUUUAGGCCAAUCUGACCACCAGUAACAACCAGUAACAACCAGUAACAACCAGUAACAAUCUGACCACCAGUAACAACCAGUAACAAUCUGAACAUCAGUAACAACCAGUAACAAUCUGACCACCAGUAACAACCAGUAACAAUCUGAACAUCAGUAACAACCAGUAACAAUCUGACCACCAGUAACAACCAGUAACAAUCUGAACAUCAGUAACAAGCAGUAACAAUCUGACCUCCAGUAACAAUCUGAACAUCAGUAACAACCAGUAACAAUCUGAACAUCAGUAACAACCAGUAACAAUCUGACCACCAGUAACAAUCUGAACAUCAGUAACAAGCAGUAACAAUCUGACCUCCAGUAACAAUCUGUAACAAUCACUAACAAUCUGGCACUGAGAUUAGCACGGCACAGGUUGGGAGUUGGAAUUUGUCUUGGAAUAUUUGUUUGAGUAACAUUAUACCUUUUUGUGAAAAAUAUUUAUAUAUAUAUUUUUUAAUUGUAUUUAAUGGAAAAUGGAAAAUGCCAUACUAGUGUGGCAUUCAAUAGGGGAAAACCUGAGCAAACCAAACAGAUGAUGAUAUAAAAUUGAAAUAAAUGUAUUAAUUAAUUGUAAGUCAACCUUCUGUCUUUAUUGAUAGGAGAGGUGACAAUGACAAUUGUAUAUACAGUUUUAUUAAAUAUAAGAUAAAAGUUUACAAUAUGUGCAAUUUACAAAAACUCAGGGAUGAAAAUAAAAAUGUGCUGCCAAUUUA